CCAAAUUGAUCAUAAAUUAAUAUUGUAUAUGAAUAGAUAUAUGUAAUAUUAAUAAAAAUAGUAUAUUUUAUAGUGCAUUUUACAUAAUAUGCGAAAAGUUUUCAAAUUAUUCUAAAUAAACAUGGAACUUGAUGCUUGUUUUAUAUAGUGAUUAUACAUUUCUAAUGAAUAAUUGUUUAUGUAUUUAUACAUAAUUAUAUAUUUUUUAUUUCUUUAAAAAAAGAAAAUGUUGCUGACAUUACGACCAGAUCAUAAAAAACAUGUGCUAUUUCUUAUGGAACAAACACCUCAAGUGUUACAGGAUUUUUGUAAACUUGCUUUAGAUUAUUUACAAAAAGGUCCUAACAUGAAAUUGUAUCAUGCAGCUGCCCAAAAACUUGAGGUAGAAUUGGAUGUUAUAAAAAAUUCAGUAGAAGGUCUUAUCAACUUAUUAUUAGAAAGUUGUAAUCAUAAGCUAAGUAAUGAAGAUUUUCGAGAUUCUAUUAUAGCAUUAGGUUUCUCUGAAGAAAAUGAAGCAAUUUUAAGUAAGCUAUAUAUUACAAAGAAAAAAGAGAUAUCCAAUAUUAUAGCAGCUACUGGUUUUAAAAUACCAGAAUAUCAUGAUCUUGAAUGGCGUUUUGAAGUGCAGACUGCUUCAAGGACCUUAUUAAAACAAGUUUCUCCAUUGAUUACAUUAGAUUUAACAUUGAAAAAUAAUGAAAACAUGGAACAUAUUCUACUCCAAACAGAUCCUGUUAAUUUACUACAUAUGGCUCAAGAAUUGGAAGAAGCUUUGAAAGAGGGUUAUAGUCAACAUACUCGUCAAGUUUCUAGAGCAGCAAAAUAAAUUAAAAUUUAUCUAAAACAAGUCAGUAAAAGAAUUAUUAUUUUUUAAAAUUAUGGCUAUUAUGGCUACUAGGUCAGAAAUUUUUAAUUUCAAAAAGAAAAAGAAAAUUUCAAAAAUAAAAAUAAGAAAAUGUAUCAAUA